AUGAGUGUCAGCAUAUCAUAUCCCGCUGGUAUCGUCGUAAUUGUGGCGGCUUUCGGCGUGUUAUACCAGAAAUUCUCAUCAUCCUCUAGAAAGAACAGCAUUCCGCUUCCGCCUGGACCUCCCGCCCGUUGGUUCUGGAGCAAUGCUUUACCUGCUGCGAACAUUGCCUAUGCACUGGGCGACUUGGUACGAGAGUAUGGCCCGAUUGUGUCGUUGCGACAAGGUAGCCAAGUGAUAGUUGUCAUUGGCAGCGUUGAGGCAGCUACGGACAUCAUGGAGAAAGAAGGUGCAUCGCUGGUAGAUCGACCUCGGUCCAUUGCUGCGGGCGAGAUGCUCUCAAAUGGAAUGCGUAUUCUCAUGGCUCGUUCCGGAGAUCGUUUCCGGCGCCUCCGAAAAGCAGUACAUACCCAUUUGCAGCCAAAGAUGGCAGAGGCAUAUCAAGAUAUGCAGCACGAGAACGCGAUGGUUUUCGUAAUGGAUAUGCUGAACGAUCCAAAGAACCACCAGAAGCACGCACAGCGGUAUGCAGCAUCAGUGAUUCUUCGGGUGACUUACGGGAAGUCUGUGCCUACUGCCAACACCGACCCUGAAGUUGUCCGUAUCCACAGAGUGAUGGAGCAUUUCCAGGUCGUGAUGCGUCCUGGAGCUUAUCUCGUCGAUCGCGUGCCUCUUUUGCGCUACUGGCCUGGUUACAGGAAACAACUUGAUGAGUGGCAUCAUGAGGAACUAGAUCUAUACAGGCAUCAGCUACGGCGCGUCGAGAGUGAAAUGGAUCAAAACAAAGCUGGCCCCUCUUUCACCAAGACACUAUUGGAGAACGCAGAUGAAUAUCAACUCUCUACAGACGAGAUGGCAUAUCUCGCUGGAUCACUUUUUGGGGCGGGAUCUGAUACGGCAGGCCAUACAAUUAAUUUAUCUCCGCGAGGUUACUCAUUUGUAAUACAGACCGCUGUUGCAAUCGCCGUUGCUAUGAUGGCCGCAGCGUGCUACCCCGCGGCUCAGGCAAAGGUGCAUGAGGAGCUCGAUAUGGUCAUCGGGUCAGACAGGGCACCGACAUUCAAAGACUCAAGCUCGCUCCCCCAGUUGCACGCGUUCUUGUUAGAAACUCUGAGAUGGAGACCUGUCAUUCGCAUAGGAUUUCCACAUCGUGCAUCUAAGGAUAUUUUUUGGCAAGGAUACUGCAUUCCCGAAGGCGCAAUAGUAUAUGGGUGCCAAUGGGCUAUUUCUCGUGAUCCUAUUGUCUUCCCAGAUCCCGAAAAAUUUGAUCCCCAGCGCUGGCUCGACUCAGAAGGUCGCCUCAAGGACAACAUCAAGUUCAUCGCAUACGGCUUUGGUAGACGUGUGUGUCCCGGUCUGCACCUUGCAAACCACUCGUUGUACAUAAGCCUCGCACUUCUCUUGUGGUCUUUCCGCAUCGCUCAACGACCCGAUGCCCCGAUCAACACGCAUGCUUUCUUGGAUGCUGUUAUCGCCCGUGCAGCGCCAUUUGAAAUCGAUGUCAUUCCUCGGAUCGAAGUUGCGAAAUUAAAAGAGCUUAUGACCGAUAGGUGUAUAGAUUGAAGAAGCUUAUAGCCACCGCAGAGAUAUUAUGGUACAUAGGAGAGCUGGGCCAGCAUUUGCGUAUAAACAGGCAAG